AUGGACUCACAAAAAAUAACUGAAGAUAUUUACUUUGUACCGGGUGAUGUUCAUAAAGAUGGGUACUUGAGCUAUGGAGAAUUUGUUCCUACUUUUGUUCACUUAAAGAGGCUUUUGAGUUUUUUUGAUAAAAACAAAAGUGAUUACAUAGAGGAAGAAAAGCUUAGGGAAGCUUUAGUUGAUGAAAUUGAAACCCACAAUGAAGAGAUCAUUGUUGUAAUUAUUCUAGAUGUUCAUACACGCAAGGAUGGACAUAUUAGCUAUGAAGAAUUUGAAGCAAUGAUGAAAGCAGAAAUUGAUUGGAAGAAAGCCUCUGGACAAUAUUCAAGAGAGAGAUACAAUAAUCUUAGCUUGAAAUUUUUCAAAGAGGGUUUCUUGAAUGUAGACUACGAGGAACAUAGAAACCUAAUUUUCUUGCUUCAGUUCACGCUUUCGGCUGCCGAGUUUUCAGUUGCCUCCCUCAAAAUUCCUACGCAACUCAAAUUGAAACAUAAAAAUUUGGUCUUUAACAGGAAACCGACCAUCAAUAGUAUGAAUUUCUGUUUUUCAUAUUUAUUUUUAAUUGCUUUGGAGUACAGUGGUUAUGUGUAUCAUUAUAUGUAG